AUGCCCGCCGCAAGAAAGCGCAAGGCCGCUGCCAUUGAAGAUCAACAAGGCGGUAAACAAACAAAGUCGGCCAAGACGCAGAGGAGCAUUAAUGCCUUUGGCACGGUCAAGAAGCAGGGCGCAACUACAUCAGAUGAAAACAAGGAGAAGCGAGAUCCUCUACGCGAGUCGGUCCAGGCUCCUGCAGCCGCCGCGAAGCCUGCGCACAAAUCAGAGGAAAAACGGAAGCGAGAGAUAGACGAAGACACAGACGAUGAGAUUGUCGUCGCGCCGGCUCAGCCUCAGCUGAAGAAGCAUGUCGAGCAAAAGGUCGCUCCUUCUACUCCUCGUCAUAAACGUGUAAAGGAUGUCAUCCCGCCCUCUCCAGCAGAGACACCCUCCCGUGCCGCUGCCACUCUUUUCGACAGACUCAGGAUUGGCUCGAAAACCGCCGCUAUCCCCUGUGCGCUCUCGAGUCGGGAACCAGCUCUCGACACUCCUCCGAAUACACCGCCAAAGGCCAAAGACAAGAUCAAUCUCACCCUACCGUCCGAGCUCAAAGACCUGCAGGGCUUGUAUGCAUCAUUCUUGACCUCGCUCGCCAUCUACUACGCACACAAUGGCACAUCUUCUCCCGUCGACAUCAAUGUAUUCCUACCGAUAGUCACGAAAUCCUGGAAGAAGCGUGCCGUAAAGCUUCAAGACAUCCAGCGUCUUCUGGCCUUCGCCCAGCCCACCGCACAGAAGUUCUUACUGCAAGAUUUUGGCCGGGCGGGAAUCUGCCUUGUCCGGAAGCUACCUCCACAGAAACGAGCAACGAGCUACAUGCAAGAGGAGAAGAUGAAUGAAGAAUUUGAAGAAGAACUGCUCAAAGCCUGGCGUGGCUGGCAAUCGGAAGCAAAGCGCAAUCGCACUGCAUCUGUUUUCGUCUCCCAGCUUCCUCUGGCAGAGAUCGUCAAGAAUGCAGUAGUAGAGAAGACCGCUCCCCUCUUCGCACGAGGACAACAACGAUUAGCGGAUCUCAAAGGAGCCCAGGCCACAGCCAAGAACGAGUCCUCCAAAGCAUCGUCACCGGCAGCAUCCUCAGCCUCGACUCAAACUCGCGGCUCCGCACUUCUCGACCGCAUUCUCGCGAAGCAGACACUCGCCUCUACGCUCCCAGCUGGUCCAACGCAGGAGCAGCUCGAACGCAAAGCCGCGCUUCACCGCGUCGAGGAUGUAGGCCGGGUACUGUCACUCCUCGUCGGCGCAAGAGGGAGACACAGCAUGAGCAUGCCAGCCAUUGUGCAGCAGCUACAGCAGAGCCUGCGGAAUCCGAUCAGCAAGGACGAGGUCCUAAACUGUCUGGAUGUGAUGAGCAACGAGGUCGCACCAGGAUUUGUGAAAAUAGUGCAGAGCGGAAAGGUGCAGGGAGUGGUGAUUUUGAAGAGUGGAAGUGUUGGACACAACGAGUUGAGGGAUCGUGUAGAGAGAGCGCUUGCAUAG